UUCUAUUUGUAGUAUUCUGAAUAUCAAAGAUGAGACUAUACAGUUGGCUUAGGUUUUUUUUAUGGUUAUUAUCAACAUAAACUGCCUUAGUGUGCUUUAAUAUUUCUGAUUCUGGCAACAAAAGUGCUAUAAAGUUUUGACACCAAGUUCUGACUGCAGAAGAAUUUCAAGAGGAAAAGGAUAAGCUAUUCAGAAAGGAUACCAAGAUUUUCUUCUUCCUUGUCCUGUUUUGUGACCCCCCUGUGAAGAAGAGGUGUAUUAACUUCCUCCUCGUUCAGGCUCUUGCAUGUGAGUUAAUUUCUUGAGAGAAACCUUCAUAAAGGGCUAAAUUAACAAGAUCUACAUAUAGAGAAAUUUUUUACUUCCUCUGCAUUUGAGACACAGCUAAACUCGUCUGUCUGGAAAUCUGAAGACUUUUAUAGCAAAUCCUCCAGUGUCAAAAUGAACACAGGGUCUGAUUCUCAGUCUCUAGAUUCAGCUUGGAGAUCUUACAAUGAUGGAAGUAGAGAGACACUGAAUGGAGAUGCUAGCAGUUCAUCUCUUACAGCAAAAGGUUUUAGGAGCGUGCGGCCAAAUCUACAGGAUAAAAAAUCACCAACUCAGGCACCUCUGCCGCCCCCUAGAAAAGAAAGUUUUCAGAAAGCAAGAGUAACUAAUCACAAGAAUGAAAUGAAUCUCCAGGCAGUAACAACCAGUCCAGCUAAACACCUUCCCACAGAUACUGCCUAUUACACUAACGAGAAGUCUGUCCAGAAGACAAUGUCUUCUCAAAUACCCAACACAAGUGUGUCCUAUGCACAAAAAAUCAUUAAACCACUGACCUCAGUCUCCAGUGCAGGCACAAGCACAGUAGCUGGUAUUAGUACUACUCUCCAUCAAGGCCAAAGGCAACAGUCUCAAAAACGUAGAGUAUCUACCCUGAAAUUAACCCGGACACGUGACCCAGCGAGUAGCAUUCAUUGCAGUACACAGCAACAGCUCAAGCCUGUUGAAGUGCCAGUAUCUCCACAAAGGCCUGUCUCACCUGCCUGUAACCCCAUGCCUGAGAUACACACAGCAUCUCUUUCCAUUCAGAUAGCUCCCAUCCCUGACAAUAAAGCAGAGCCUGAAAUCCAAGAACAUCCACCUAGUAUUUCUCCAGACACUUCAAAGAUGUCUUCAAAGGAUUUGGGACAAAAGUCUACAGUUCUUCCUUCUUCACAGGCUGCAGAAUGCCAUGUGCUUGGAAACCAGAAAGUAACUGCCCCUGUGAUGGAGGUAAAUGCUUCACAGACACACAGACAAACAGCAACAGAAGCUUCUCCACUGCCUCUUCCUCCUCCUGUGGUACCAGUUAACAGAGCCUCUUUCUCACCAGACAGUGGCACCCAUCUAGUACUAUACUCUUUGCCAACGCUUGAUGAUUUUUUGCCUUCACGCUUUUAUAAAACCCCAGCCCUUUCACAAUUUUCAUAUAAAUGUCCAUACCUAGCUUCUGAAAGUAUUAUCCGCAGGAACGAAACAGCCUCUGUAAGCACAGAUUCUGCCAUGAGUGAGUGCUCCUCCCGCACAGUGAGUGAGUCCUCCACAGCCAUUCUAGAUGAGCUGCAGACUUGCAGCUAUGAUACUACUGACUGCUCUGAAACACCUUCCCCAACCUUGAGCCAGAUGUCUGCUGUGUCAGAUGGCACCACCUUAACCAACACUGCUGCCACUUCUCAUGCUCCGAUCACAGUGAAUGGGAACUCUGGCACUGCUGCCAGCCCAGUGAGUCACUUUCAAAGGCCUUUUUCCCCUUCUUCAGCUUACCCUCCACCAGCUUCGCUCAAUUCCAACAUUGUUAUCAUGCAGCAUGGCAGGAUGAUGGAGUCUACAGAGACAUACUCACAGCAUGUUCAGACUGUUGGCAGCACCACCACCACCAGUACAAUACCAAUCUGUAGAUCCUCAGAAGAAGAAAAAAAAAUUACAGUCAUUAAAGCUCCACAUUAUGCAGGGAUUGGCCCAGUAGAUGAAUCUGGAAUCCCCACAGCAAUUAGAACGACAGUUGACAGGCCAAAGGAUUGGUACAAGACAAUGUUCAAGCAAAUCCAUAUGGUUCAUAAGCCUGAUGACGACACAGACAUGUAUAAUACUGCAUAUGCAUACAGUACUGGUAGCUACAGUCCAUCCUUCUCUGCUCAGGCUCACCCAGCUGCAAAGACGCAGACGUACAGACCAUUGUCUAAAAGCGCUUCUGACAGUAGCUCUGAUGCCUUUAAGGUCUCAUCCCCUUUACCACCUCCACAUGUGCCACCUCCAGUACCACCACAUCGUCUGAGGGAAAGGUCUACACCAGAAAAAAAUGACUGGGAUCCCCCUGACAGAAAGGUAGAUACCCGCAAGUUCCGUUCUGAACCAAGAAGUAUUUUUGAAUAUGAGCCGGGAAAGUCAUCAAUCCUUGAACAUGAAAGACCGACUGAUCGCAUAAACCCAGAUGACAUAGAUUUAGAAAACGAACCCUGGUAUAAAUUCUUUUCAGAACUGGAGUUUGGAUGUCCGCCACCUAAAAAGCUUUUGGACUAUGUUCAAGACAGUUCUUCUGGUGUUUCCAAUGAGGCUUCCUUAUAUCAUCACUAUUCAACAGACAAAGGCCUGGACAGGCCCUCUAGUUCUGCAAGUACCGCGAGUGACUACAGAAAAAGGAGGAAGUCAGAACCUGCUGUAAGUCAUCAGAGGGUGCACGGUGAUCAGAACGCAAACAGGCCUAGCCUGGGCCGUACGGAUAUGCAAGGCCCAUACACCACCCUUAGAAAGCCUUUAACUAGCUCGUCUCCUUCUUCUCCAUCAAGAGCAAAAGGUGGGGAUAUUAGCAAAGUAUAUCCAUCCCUUUUAAGUUAUUCAGUGCACAACCACAACACCUCAAAUGAAUUAGAUUACUGUAGCACUUACAGACAACAUUUAGCUGUUCCAAAUGAUUCAAGAAGGGCAAUCAGCUACAAGAAUGGCUGGCAAAUGACUCGUCAAAAUGCAGAAGUCUGGAGCAGCACAGAAGAAACUGCUUCUCCAAAGAGAAAAUCUCGUAGCUGUGAUGAUCUGUUAACAGAUGAUCGUGAUAGCUUUCCCGAUGCACAGGCCAAGUCUGAAAGCAUGGUCUCUCUGUUAUGUGAGGAGGACUCCAAAGAAGUUUGCUCAAUGAACUGGGCCUCCCCAUAUGUUGAGGGCCGUGGCAGUAGUAGGUCAAGAGUUCGUCACAGAUCUGCACAUGAUGCCCCAGGUUUCCUAAAAAUGUACAAAAAGAUGCACCGCAUCAAUCGCAAGGACUUGAUGAAUUCUGAGGUGAUUUGUUCUGUGAAGUCCAGAAUACUGCAGUAUGAAAAAGAACAGCACAAAGCUAUUCUUCAAGGCUGGAGAGAGUCUUCUACUGAAGAGGUGCCCAGAGACAUGGUGCCAACCAGAAUAUCUGAAUUUGAAAAAUUAAUUCAGAAGUCAAAAUCAAUGCCAAACCUAGGUGAUGAAAUGUUGUCAACUGUUACUCUAGAGCCUCCUAAAAAUGGCUUAUGUCCAAAGAGGCGAUUUUCUAUUGAAUCUUUGCUGGAAGAAGAAAAUCAAGGCAGACAUCCCUCUCAGGUACAACGGAGCUACAAGUCUAAAACCCUGGUGCCAAUUCAUAUUGAAGUGACCAGUGAUGAGCCACAACGAUCGCAUAUGGAUUUUUCAGACAGUGAUCAAGAUGGAGUGGUUUCUGACCUCAGUGACUUUAUCCAGAUAGAGGGUUCAUCCUUUUGUAGUGAAAGUGACUUUGACCACUUUUCCUUCACAUCAUCUGAAAGCUUUUAUGGAUCAGGUCAUCACCACCACCACCACCACCACCGACAUCUCAUCAGCUCCUGCAAAGGGCGAUGUCCAGCAUCCUACACCCGCUUCACCACCAUGCUAAAACAUGAAAGGGCUAAACAAGAAACCACUGAAGAUCCAAGAAGACAGGAAGUAGAAUCUGGCCUCUCUAAGAUAGCAUUCCUAGUCAGUCCUGUGCCUUUCCGGAGGAAAAAAAGUACAGCUCCUAAAAAACAAACUGAAAAGAAAAAAUGUAAGUCAUCUGUAUUUGAAGCACUAGAUUCUGCACUUAAAGACAUCUGUGACCAAAUUAAAGCUGAAAAAAGAAGGGGAAGCUUGCCUGACAACAGUAUAUUACACAGACUUAUUACUGAGCUGCUUCCAGACAUUCCAGAAAGGAAUUCAUCUCUUAAAGCUCUGAAAAAGAGUCCCAUGCACCAGCCUUUUCAUCCACUGCCUCAAGAUGGUGCUAUCCAUUGCCCACUGUAUCAGAAUGAUUGUGGAAGAUUACCUCUUAGUGCCUCUUUUCCAGACAUGGACGCAACUAACAACAAUGAUAGUGCACUGUGUUUCCAAGACCAGGAGUCUCCUGGAAGCUAUUCUGCUUUUACUGAUGUGGGACGAUGUACUCCAAGGGAGAGAAGAGGAGCUACAGACAAAGAGAAACUGCCAGCUAGAGCUGUAUAUGACUUUAAAGCUCAGACUUCUAAAGAGCUGUCCUUUAAGAAAGGAGAUACUGUCUGUAUCCUCAGGAAAAUCGAUCAAAACUGGUAUGAGGGUGAGCACAAUGGAAGAGUUGGAAUAUUCCCAAUUUCAUAUGUCGAGAAACUUUCUCCCCCAGAAAAAGCACAGCCUGCCAGGCCACCUCCCCCUGCACAGAUUGGAGAGAUUGGAGAAGCUAUUGCCAAAUACAACUUCAGUGCAGACACAAAUGUGGAGUUAUCGCUUAGAAAGGGAGACAGAGUAAUUCUUCUUAAGCGAGUUGAUCAAAACUGGUAUGAAGGUAAAAUACCAGGAACCAACAGACAAGGCAUCUUCCCUGUUUCCUAUGUAGAAGUCAUCAAAAAGAAUGCAUCAAAAAGUGUUGAUGACUACCCUGAUCCUCCAAUACCCCAAAGCUAUUCUAGUGACAGAAUACACCAUUUAGGUUCAACUAAGCCACAGCGCCCUGUGCUUGCACAUGAAAACAUACACAGUGGGGGGGAACCGUUUCAGGCUCUAUAUAACUAUACUCCUAGGAACGAAGAUGAAUUGGAGCUCAGAGAGGGAGAUGUCAUUGAUGUGAUGGAAAAAUGUGAUGAUGGAUGGUUUGUGGGAACCUCGAGAAGAACCAAAUUCUUUGGUACUUUCCCUGGAAACUAUGUCAAGAGGCUGUGAAUUUUUUUUUUCCUACUUAUUUAUGCUGCAUCUCUGCAACACAUCUGCAUAAAGCUGCUAGAAAACAUGCUAUGCUGGCCUUCUGUUUUCUUGCUUGCGGUCUCGAAUAGAGGCCCUCUAGUCCAUCCUCAUCCCAUCCCAUCCGCCAAACCGUUCCAGCAGUAUUACAGCAACGACCACGGUGUGAAUAAGCUUUUCUGAAACAAGAGGAAUCGUUUCAACAUUUAAAUACUCCCUGCUUUAAAGUCUUUCCAUUUGAAACACGAUAGGAAAAGCUUGAUGACAGGUACACAGAUGAAUUGCCAUGGAAGGGUGGGGAGGGGGAGAAAUUGAUCUUGGUUUGGAUACUUGUGGUACUAUCAUGAAGUCUGAUGGGAUUUUUUCAGCAUGCAUGUAAUACAUGGGGAAGUUGCUGUUUACUAUUUUUAAAAAGAUUGAGUUUCCACAUUCUUAUUAGCUUGGCAGCAUUUGUUGCUUUCACUUUGCCGUAUCACAGGUUUGCCUAUUGUACUGGUUUACAAUGUAUGACAAAUUAUAACACAGAUUUUUUGCCUGCACUUGUAUGUUGUAACAUAUGCACAGUGAUUGUAAAAUCUCAAGCAAGCAUAGUGAAAAAUGGAAGAACUGCAAGUGUUCUGAAUGGGUGCAAUGGUAUUGGCUAAACCUUUUUUUCCCCUCCUUUUGUCCCUAAUAAAGCUAUAGUGUUUUCUGUUAAAAGAUAAGAAGUGCAAGAGGCAUAAAACCUUGGGAAAGAGGAUUUAAUGAAGAGACGGACAAUGAUAUAAGCAUUGACAAUAAUAACUUGCUACUGAUGUCUGGCAUUAAAUGGUUGUAAUCAAAAUGUUGUAAUAGUAAGCAACAUGAAAUUUGAGAGGUUAGUGUUUUUACGUAUCACAGGGAUUUUAAGAAGCAGGAAGUAAACAGUGUUAGUGCAAAGGGUUGUUGGGUUGGGUUUUUUCUAACAUAGCCACCUGAAAAAUAUUUACAAGUAUCAUGUACUGAUUUAUUUCACUAUAUAUAUUUAUGUGUAUGUUAACAAAACCUGAGUUACACAUUCUUUUUAGGAAUUUAGUAUAGAAAAAACUCACAAGUAUUAAAACUAAUACAUUUUAGAGGUGGGUUGGUUUUUUUUCCUGAAUGAAACAAGUAUUUGAAAACAUACUUUUUCCGUAAGCAUAAAUAGCAAAUUAAAUUAAGGCACAGGAUGAUAGUGACUAUGGCUUUAUAAAAAUAAAAAUUCAGAUUUGGUUUCUUCAGCACCUUAUAGAUGGCAAAAGCUUCUACUGCAUUUCUGAUGGGUAAAGGAUGGAAAUUAUCAAAAUGUGUGUAGUCUCUGUAGCAUUUUGUACAUAUGUUUGCUUUUUUGUACAGAGCCAUUUGGUUGUUGAUUUUAAAAAAAUUAAGUUCCUUAUUUGAUCUUUGCCCUCUUCACAUGCAGGACAUUUCAAUGCAUUUUUUUUUUUCUUGCUCUAUUUACCAUAAGCACAUCUGGAUAGUGCAAUUCUGUAAGAUAGCAUUUUAUGCAAAAUUUUAUUAAUUAAAGUAUGGUUUACCAGCCAAAUCUAAAUGUACAUAUGUCUUUAUUACUGAGAAAUGUCAUUAAGACAAAGGUAAAGAAACAUCUUUGUGCAGCAUACCUUUAUUAUUGCAGAUUUCAUGGCAAAAGCUUUAUAUUCAAAGGCUUUCAAUUUUAAACUAGAUCUGCAUGCAGCUUUGCUGUGAGAUUAAUACCUAUCUUUGAUGCCAUUUAUGAUUGAAGACUUAAAUGUCUGUUGCCUGUGAUAUUUAAAAAGUACUGUUUCUACUCUGUAUCUGAUUUUAGAAAAAUACAGUUUUUUCAUACCUGACUUUCAGGUAACUGACUUUGAAUUCCUACAAGCAAAAGGUCUCUGUGGUUUUUUUCUUGAAUAGACUUCUAAUAAAUUUUGCUUGGAGU